CGCACCAAUCUCGCAUAAAUAACCUUCUUAAAUUGUGAAGCGUUCUAUAGGUUUCCACGGUGGUCGAGAAACUGGCUAAAAUAGUUCGAGGCUGAAAAAUACUAUGGCUAUUGGCUGGGCGGGACAGAAAUAGCAGCACUGUUUUGAAUGGAUAACGCUUUUUUGCUAGUUAUUAUUACAGGCUAUAUUAUAAAAUCAUUAGGAAGAAAAAAAUACAUAAUAUAUUGAAUUACACAUUAAUCUUAACGUAAUACAAAGUUAACAAUAUUAAAACUAGAAGUCCUCAUUAUUACUGGCCGAAAGGACUUAAAACAGUUGUUCAUACUUAACAUAUCUGUCAUCGGAAUUAUUAUACUCAUUUUAUUGUAGUGCAUUUUCCAUCGUUUACGUUAAAACUGUAAGGAAUGACGAAUUUAGAUGACCACGAUUCGUGUGACCCUCGUGAUGCAGCGUUGCUAGCUGUUCAUUUGGUGAGCCAGGUGCUGGACGAGGCCUAUGUUAUAGCAAACGCAGCGAAAGAAUCCGGUGAACCAUGGAAUUAUAUAUCAAGCUUAAGAAAACUCAGGAUUUCACGUCUAGAUGAGACUUAUGAGGACGACAUGACCUUCACAGUAUCAAAGGAUGAUUAUAAAUAUGUUGAAGGGAAUAAUAUUGAGAAUGAAGUUGUUACGUCAACGCCACAGAAAGGAAACUUCGCCAAAGACCAGAAUGAUGCUAGCUUUAUAGGUCAAGGAGAUGAAAAUUUUGAAGUGAGAAACUACAGAUUACGAAACUCUACAUCAAUGUUUAUAAAUAACUUAUUCAACAUGAGUGAUGUCCAGCCCUUUGUUUGCGACGAGCCUGGCUGUAGAUACGAUAUCGAAAUACAAAACGAUAUUGAAUCAAACGAAGCACAAAACGAAGAUAUAGUUAAAAUUAUUGAUUCCUACCUCAAUAAUGUGAUUGAUGCUGUAUUUGUAAGAGACGAAGCCAAAACGUCAAAUACCAGUUCUUCACGAGAAGAUUCUAGAAGCAAUUCGGAUCUAGCUGACGCGUUUGGCUCUGAUAUUGCCCAGGAUGUAGGAUUUUAUAUGGAUGAAGUUACGAGUAAUGUUACGGAAGGAAAGAAUAAUGUUGAUAAAGAAACAGUUGAAAAACAUGAAGUUGAACAAGUGAGUCAAUCAGAACAAAAGAAUAAAGACAUUGCUGCAUAUGAAAACGCUUUCUUAACUUUAAACCGUGACUAUGAUGUCUCUGAUGAUGAUGAUGAACCUGUCUUACGGGAUCCCAAGACGAUGAUGAUGCAGGAAAUUGAAUUAUUAACCGCUGUCACUUCAACUGAUAAUGUUUCUUCUAAGCAGGAUCAAAAAACGUUGGCAGCAACAUCCGGAGUUUCUACACAAGUUUCGCGGAAGAGUAAUCUCGUGAGGAGGUGUCGCGUGCAGGGUGCAAAGUUACUGUCGUGUCUUAGGGGUUUGUGGUGGAAACGAAGGCUUCUUGGAAGAAGGAAGGAAUGUCGUGGGCCGGGGUCUAUUCGUGGCUUCUGUCCCUUGUCACCGGAUGCUCGGCGUCGAGCCGCAAGUCUUCUAGACCAAAGGAACCUCCGUACUCCUUCGCCUUCUAGAUCAGUUUUUUGGAAAUUCAACACCGUCAACGAAGCCCUAGUUCAUUCGUCCCGUUGGAAAGAUUUCGGCCUCAAGAUGAGCUUAAACGAAAAUGAUGAAUUUUAAUAUCGACCACCAGCGUUAAAAAUUUAUAACAUUUUAAUUUUUAAUAUUUUAAAGAUAUAUAUAUUUAAUUUAUUUGAAAUAAGACUUUGAUUAUUUUUCGAUUGUCACACCGUUGACUACAUGGUGGCUGAACAAAUAGCAUUGUAUAUGUUACAGUGAUCGGAUCGAAAUAGUAAAUUGUAUAUGUAUAUUCGUCAU